AUGGAUUCCCUUCGCAGCGCCCUUCAACCUAUUACGCACAACCUCCCUGCGCCUAUCCACGACCUCGGUGUCUCCAUCCUUGGCGAAUCUUGCUACAAGAAGCUCCUCCUCGACAUUGACAUCGAGUCUACCGAGUGUCUCAAGCUUGCGAUCUCGAAGGGUCUAGGAAUCGGUAUCAUCGGUGCCUCAUCCAUCGUCAAAGUUCCCCAGAUCCUCAAGCUGAUCAAGUCGCGCUCCGCCUCCGGGAUAUCCUUCCUCUCCUACCUCCUCGAGACAUCCGCGUACCUCAUCUCGCUCGCCUAUAAUGUGCGCCAGGAGUUCCCAUUCAGCACAUAUGGAGAGACUGGCUUGAUAAUGGUGCAGAAUGUGGUUAUUGCUGUGUUGGUUCUACAUUACAGUGGCAAGGCUAGCGCUGCUGGACUAUUCGUCGCUGCGUUGGCAACGGGCGCUUUUACGCUCUUCAGCAAGAAUUUCGUGGAUAUGAAGACCCUGGGAUAUCUGCAGGCUGGUGCCGGUGCUUUGGGUGUCGCUGCAAAGCUCCCGCAGAUCCUUGCUGUCUGGCAAGAAGGUGGAACUGGACAGCUGAGCGCCUUUGCGGUCUUCAACUACCUCCUCGGCUCCCUCUCCCGAAUCUUCACGACUUUGCAAGAGGUGGAUGACAAGUUGAUUUUAUACGGAUUCAUUGCUGGAUUUGCAUUGAAUGCUGUAUUGGCCGCUCAAAUGGUCUAUUAUUGGAAUUCGCCAGCAAAGAAGACUACAAAGAGCGGAAAAAAUGAGAAGGUUCCUGUUGCGGCUUCAUCUGGCAAGUCUACUGCUACUUCGACGCCCAAGGGAAAGAGCCCAACCACUCGCAGACGUGGUUAA